AUGGGCGUGGUGGAUCUUCGCAGGGCCGAAGUGGGAGAAGGACGCCCGGAGAUGUUCGCAGAGAAAGCCGCCUCGCUCCCCACGCCAGAUCCGGGCCCUAGGCUUCUCCAAGGCUUCUCUCCGCAUAACAUGCGUCGACAUAUAUAGCGGCCUCGCCUCCGCCUCUUCUUGCUGCUCGAGUCAUCCCGCCCUCGUUCGGCGCGCCUACCCCCCUUCGUCUUAGAUCUUAGCGUUCGUCGGUCCCGCAGCAAUGGUCAAUUGGCAAUCCCAAGACGAGAUUGAGGCCGACUCAGUCGCCUUUGGCAGGUUCAUGCAUGCGCUUCUCGGCCUGUACCUCUGGGAGUUCUUCACCUCCGUCCCAUUCGAUUGGGAGUACAUUUCAGGCAAACGCAAGUUCCGAUGGCCCAUGAUCUUCUACUUCGCGAACCGGUACUUCCUGUUGUUCGCACUCAUUGGCAUAGCGAUUGCGCUGGACGUGACCACGGAGGUUAACUGCCAGGCGCUGUAUACCUACAACCAGAUAUUCGGUAAUGCAUCCAUCGGGCUUGCAAGCAUCAACCUUUCCCUGCGCACAAUGGCUGUAUGGUCCCAGGCAUGGUACAUCGUCAUCCCCCUCGUUGCGGUCAUCCUCGGUCACUGGUCGCUCCUGCUGCAUGGAAUCCUGAUCAAGGCGGCAUGGAUCCCGGGCGAGGGCUGCGCGAUCACCGACACGGACAACACGCUCCUCGCUGUGACGUUCAUCUACUCGAUGGCCUUCGACUUCAUGGUGCUUAUGCUGACCGCCUGGAAGCUCGCCUUCAACCAAUCCAGCGGCCACAAGCGGAGCAAGGUAGUUCAGCUGAUCUUCGGCGACGGGCUGAUCUACUUCAUGGUCGCAUUCCUCGCGAACCUGCUCGCAACUAUCUUCAUGCUGUUAAACUUGAACGCGGUCAUGUCGAUCAUCGCGAACGUUCCUGCGGCGAUCGCGUCUUCCAUCGUGGCAUGCCGCGUCGUGCGCCGGCUGGCAAAGUACACGACUUCCACAGUCGAAGUGUACAGCUCCGGCGUGAACUCGACGAUCGCGUUCAGUCGCGCGAACCGCAGCCGGACGAUGAACGCGACGGUGAACAUCCCCGACAAGAAGACGGUGGACAGCGGCGUGCACGUCCAGAUGGAGACGUUCGCGGAGAUCUCGGACAAUGUGCCGUCGGACCCGAGCUUCAUCCAGUACGACGCGGCGGGCAGGAUCGUCAAGGGGGACUUAGAGAGCUGCUACACCGGGGACAGCCCGACGAUCGCGGGCGACGAGUACAAGCGGCCGGAGUACUGAGCGUGCCCGAGGCUCGCCAUGCUGCAUUUCUCCCGCUGCUGCUCACGGACAGGCCGUGGCGCGGCUUCCUUUUCCGCUCGCAUCAGCUUUCCUCGCAC